AUGUCACCAACAGACCAACCACAAAGUAAUGCUAAUAGUCCAGAAACUUCAACAACAGGACUAAAGAAGAAAAGAGCAUCAAUUUCGACAAAAAAAUCGAGUAACUCAAAAAUAUCAAAGACGCCAAAUAAAGCUAAAAAGACGACACUCAUCUCUAGCAGUAAUGACUUACCUGAUCAACCAUUGGACGAUUCAUGGGUACAAUCACAUGAUCCUGGAAAAACGGAUGAUAGUGGAGGGACAGAUUUUUCUGUAACAGCUGCAAUAACCUCUAUAAACUCAAAUCCUUCCACUAGAAAGAAGUCAAAACUAAACUCCUCUUCAAAAGCAAAAACUCUCGUAAAAAAGGGAAAAGCAUCACUAAGCAAAAAAGAAGUACUAAAAAAACUUAUACUAAAGAUGAAAGAAAAAAAGCAACUUCGUAACGACAGAAAAGAAGACGACAGAAAGGAAGGCGACGAGGAAGAAAAAAAUUUCCAAGAGAACCAACAACCACUUCACUCGUUGAGCACAAGUCAAAGUGAAGCUGACGAAAAAGACGAGUCUUUCGUCACUAAUGAAAAAGACAAGUCUAGUAUUAAACCUUUGGAGGAAACAAUUAUUAGUGAAUUCCUCACGGAGGAACCAGAAGAAGAGACUUCCGCCACUAAUCUCGACUCGCUUCUCGAAAAUGAGGAAGAGCAAUCUCAGCAAUCGAGAAGUAACAGUCGUAGCAAAAACGAACGCCAGAAAAUUAAAGGUAAAGCAAAUGAAAACGAAGACCAUGCUGCUGAAGAGGAAACAUUUACCGUGAAAAAAGAAGACGACCAAGAAGACAAUGAGGACGAAAGUGUGGCCAUGCGAAGAACCAGAAGUCAAUAUAGUAACAAAGAGUCGUCAAUCUAUCAACGGCCAAAGAUAGAAAAGCUGGAAAAAUCUUCGUCCAAUCAUGCUUUUGUUGGAAGAGAAGUAGUUUUUGUUGAUCCUCGUGAUAAAACUGAAAAGUUUUGGUGGCCCGCUAUGGUCGUUCCUCACGGCGAAGUAGAUGAAUCUAUGGGAUUUGACGAGUUAGGACCCAAUGAGGUCAUAGUGAAAUAUUUUGAGGAUUGCACAUAUUCUGCAGUACCGUUAAAGGAGAUCAAGAAAUUCGAUAUACAUACGGAUCCAUUUCUCAAAUACAAACAAAAAUAUGGCACAGACUUUAUUAAUCACAUUGGCGUACUAAACGCAGUCAAAUGCAUAGCAACCGGCGAGCCGGAUAAAGAAUUCAAAUGGGACUACUGGAUGCGACCCGCGGAUACGUUAAUCAUUCCGGUAAUAAACACAAAUAAUCAUUCUAUUUCUAAUAACACGGAUGCAGUUGACGGUAGUGGCCUGGUGACUACUCGUAAAUCUACGCGCUCACGAAAAGGAAAAGAACGUAGUGAUACUUAUGAAUUGAGUUCCACAAAGACGAAAACUGAACCAAAGGCGAUUACGAAAUCUACGCGCAGAAAAUUACCUUUCGUGUCUUCUAACACUGUUGCUACUGCUACUAGGAAAGGGGGAUCAUCAUCGCCAUUAGUAAAAGAAAAAGUGGCAACUUAUACCGGAGCGACGCCUGCCGGCAAGCACCAAAAAUCAAGUCGCAGGACAACGUCACGGAAACAAAGUAUUUCGUCUAGUAGAUCAGUCGAAUUGGCAGAUAUAAUUGAGGAUGCAAUAAUACCGGAUAAAUACUCUACAAUUGAUGAUACCGCCUCAAAGAAAAAGGCAAUCACACGACGACGCUUGUCUACGCAAAUACCCAUAGAAUCCGAUGACCCGGUUGACAUCGAAGGUGUUUCCCCUAUUGAUUCAGGAUCUCCUUCCGUUGACAAAUCCAGUUCGUCCAAAAAGACUAGUAAACGAGGCCGUGAGACUUUAUCUGAUUAUGAGCAAUCAGAUAACGAAUCCCCUGUUAGAAAAUCCAGUCGAAAAGGCAAAGGUUAUAAAUCAAAAGGAAAGAAAACCGCAGCUACCACCACAGCUGGUUCCUCCACUUCUCCAAUAUUUAUUGAAGAGACAGAAACGGGUUCCACAAAGGGUGUUAAAGAUCCCACAAAGAAAAUCAAACCUGUAACGAGACGAGCACGUUCACCUGAUGCUACUGCAAUCUCAUAUGAAGAAUUGCCCGAAGAUAUACGACAUAAUAUCGAUCGUUUCACAUUUGAAGGUUUAUCACCCGAAAACAAGGAGAAAGUGUACCAAGAAGCAAGUGAACAUCUGAAAUCAUUAAGCCACCAAUGGCGUGAGUUGCAUAAAAAAAACGAAGAAAUGGAUAAAAAGAUUCACAAGAAAAAAGUGGAUCGACGACGUGCUCGCAAAGCUGAAUUAACUCAACUUCGAAAGAAAGCCAUCAAGUCCGGUGAUGCUGAACCAGAUGAAAUCCACGAUGUUUCGCAGGAAGAGGAUGACGAUGACGAUUAUGAUUAUGACGCUCACAUAGAAGAUGAAGAAAUCCAAGAACGGGAUGAAGAAGAAAUUGAAUACUCGAGCGAACAAUAA